AUGAGCGGGUCUGCUGUUCGUGGUCAGUGUUCGAGUCAUCACAGUGGCACAGAUUCUGCUGCCUGUAGCACUGAACAGGGUGGGGCCCUGGAACACGAUGAUGACAUGCACGCCAUGUUGCAUGACGCCUUCGGCAUACACGAUGUUGCUGAAGCCGUCAGUACGGAUCCGCAACAAGUUGACGAAAGAACCUCUUGCAGGGUCGCAUUGAAGUCUUUGGAGGGCACAUGGCAGGUAAAAUCCCCUAGAGUAAGUGUGGCAGUGAGGGCAGAGAGUCGUUUUGACGCAAUGGAAAUUGAUCUCUCUCUUAGCCCCAGAGUUAACUCCGUAAAGCCUUCCAAGACUGUGGCCAUCACCGACCAGGCCACAGCUCUCGCCCAAGCUGCCGUCCCCGUUAUCCGGUUAGCCACCGGAGAGUCCGAUUUCGAUACCCCAGCUCCGAUUGCAGAAGCUGGGAUAAACGCAAUUCGAGAGGGUUACACGAGGUACACUCCAAAUGCGGGGACUAUGGAGAUCUGCCAAGCAAUUUGUCACAAGCUAAAGGAGGAGAAUGGGAUUUCUUACACGCCUAAUCAGAUUGUGGUUAGCAACGGGGCCAAGCAGAGCAUUCUUCAAGCUUUGCUUGCAGUUUGUUCACCCAGAGAUGAGGUCCAGUGCUUUAUGCCUUUCAUUGAUAGUUUUACAUCAAAUAUAUCGUUGUUUGAUACAAUUUGUUGUGUAAUUAUAUUGGAAGUGCUUUGUGAUGUACAGUUUGGUACAAGAUUGUCUUAG